AACAUUUUUCUUCAUCUCUUUUAAUCAACAAUUUAACCUUUUCAUAACACAAUAUGUUGUCAUCUAAUGGAGCCAAUGGAGGUCUUCAAAAACCACUGCGAUUACGACGAGUUAAUCAUUCAGAUGAGGUUGUCUCGGGAUUCAGUAAACUCCUUAAAACUGAAUCUAUGACAGAUGUUACUCUAAUAUGUUCAGGAGGACAAACAAUUAGAGCUCAUCGUGUUAUUUUAUCAACUUUUUCACCCUAUUUUAGGGCCAUCUUUGAAUCACAACCCUUCUCCAAUAAUCCUUGUCAGUAUCCAGUUAUAGUAAUUAAGGAUUUGGCUCUUAGUGAAUUAAGAACCAUUGUUGAGUUUAUUUACAAGGGUGAGGUUUCAGUGUCAAGGGAUAAGUUAUCUGCUGUACUUCAAGCUGCCAAAGAGCUUGAAGUCUCUGGUUUAUCUGAUCUUAAAGUUGAUGGUAACUCGUCUUCAUCUACAUCAUCUUCGUCUUCAGCAUCACCUUCAACAACAUCCAAUAAUCAUCAUACAAUCAGUGGAAUAAACGGUGACAUUGAACUGCAGUCUAUUCGUAAUCACAUCUCAUCAAUGAAUAAUGGUGGCUCCAUUUGGAAACGAUCUCAUGAGGAUCAUUCAUCAAACCAUGGAUCGGUUAAUUCAAUGUUCAACUUGGGUUAUGAGACUCAGAUGAAAAAAUCCCGAGUAACUUUAGAAGGGCCUGAUGGAAUCGCAUUGCUAGGUGAUAAUGGUUCUUCAAUGGGCGAUAACAAUUCAGUUCGAAGUUUACUCCAUCAACCUAACCGAAUAUCCCAAGAGCUUCAAAAUAUGAGAUCGCUGCACAAUUUUUCAUCGAUCAGUAAACAAAGACAUUUAACUGUUGAACAACUCUACCAACAAAAGCAGCAACAUAUUCAACAAAGACAAUUACUUCAACAAAAGAUUAGAGUUCAGCAACAACAGCAACAGAUCAAACAACAAUUGUUGCAGCAGCAACAACAGUUGAUUCAGAAAAAUGUCUCACCCAAGAGUUUACUUCAACGAUUUGCCGGAUCACCUCAAAGCAAUGGAAGUAGCUUUAACCAAUUUCAGGAAAAGAUAAAGGCUCAAAUGGCUGCCCGAAAUGGAAAUAGCUCGAAUGAUCAAAACAAAGAGGAAACUGAAGAUGACAACAAAAGCAAAUCAGAAGGCAAUGAUAACCCUAAUGGAGCAGAAAGUAGAAAUCAAGUUGAAUCGACUGAUGAGACUGUUGAUGUUGAUGGAAACACAGCUGAUGAAGCUGAAGACUUAACCAAUGCUAAUGAUGGUGAUGAAUCUGAAUUGAAAGAAUGUAGUGAUGAAAGUAAAGAAACUGACGAAGAGCAAAAAUCCAAAAGUCGACACAAGAAGUCUACUCCUAGGAAAACUGUCGCUUCUGAUGAUAUGGGUGACUCUUACUCUACUGAGAACGCUCAAGGAGAUGAAGAAGAUGAAGAUGGAAGGAAAAAAGAAGAAAAUUAUAUGAAUGAUGGUGGGUCAGACGAAGAUGAUGAUAGUCCAGUUAUUUUAAAAGCAACAAUCGAUGAUGUUAGUGAUUACAUUGACGAGGAUGAUCUAAACGAGGAAAACGAUGAUUAUGAAACAAGUGGAGGUAUUGAUAGAGAUGUUAUAUUCCAAAGGCAACAACAACUUAGAUUACAACAAUUACAACAACAACAAAAGUACCAACAACAAAUGCAAUUCCAAUUACUUCAAGAACAACAAGAGGCCAAACUGCUUGAACUUCAUCAACAAUUACAACAAGCAACAACCAAUGAUACAAUUGUACCAGAUCAAGAUGACUCUGCACCAGAAUUGAGUUUAGAUUGGCAAGAAGGUUUCACAGAUGAAAGUUUUCCUUUGAUCACCGAUCUAAGAACAGGAUCCGCAGCUUCUUUAACCUCAAACAAUCGGUCUGGACUCGACAAGAAUGUUUCUGAUAAUGAUUCUACUUCUAAUAAUUGUAAACAAGCAAUGCCUGAUUUCCUCCAACCUCGAGGACCUGGUAGACCCAGAAAGGGUAACAAAUCAAACGAUAUCAGUCCAUGUCCAGAAUGUAAUAAGGUAUUUGUCCGACCUGAUGUACUUAAACUUCAUUUCCGUAGUGUUCAUCUCAAUGAAAGACAUCCUUGUAAUAUGUGUCCCAAAAUAUUCAAAUGGCCGGGUGAUUUAUCUAAACACAAAAGAACCAAACAUCCUGAAGCAAUGGCAGCCCUUAAUAAUCAAAAAAACCAAUCUAGUAAUAGUUAACCUCUGUUAAUGGAAAUUAAAACGUAACAAUUGUUAAUUUAA